AUGUCUGCCGGUCUCCCAGCGCACUGCGCUGGUGAUGCCAUGCCGAGAAGUCACACCGGCGACGAGAGUGGAGGCACCGGGCUCUGGCUGAAGACCUCAACGGGACGCCGGGUGCAGGACUACCCACUGAAAGAUGUGGAGUCCGGGCGGAGGACGAUGAAUAACGCGGUGCGAGUCGGGGACGGUCUCCUGUCUCCCACCGCUGCAGGUGCGGUGGGAGCGGAGAGGAAGCAGGGCGCCCGGCUCAGUCUGCUGGGGAAGCCGCUGACCUACAGCGCACAGAGCGGCCGCAGGAACGCACGCUACCGGCGGCUCCAGAAUUACCUCUACAACGUGCUGGAGAGACCGAGGGAGUGGGCUUUCGUCUACCACGCUUUUGUGUUCAUCCUGGUGUUUGGAUGUCUUGUUCUCUCUGUGUUUUCCACCAUCCCUGCUCACCAGGAAUUCUCCUCACACUGCCUGCUCAUCCUGGAGUUUGUGAUGAUUGUAGUGUUUGGUCUGGAGUACAUCAUCAGGAUAUGGAGCGCCGGCUGCUGCUGCCGCUACCGAGGCUGGCAGGGGCGCCUCCGCUUCGCCAGGAAGCCGUUCUGUGUCAUAGACAUCAUUGUUCUCAUCGCCUCGGUUGCUGUGGUUUCAGCCGGUAGCCAGGGUAACAUCUUCGCCACCUCUGCGCUGCGUAGCCUCCGUUUCCUUCAGAUCCUGCGCAUGGUGCGCAUGGACCGCAGGGGAGGGACCUGGAAGCUGCUGGGAUCUGUAGUUUAUGCACACAGUAAGGAGCUGGUGACUGCCUGGUACAUCGGCUUCUUGGUGCUGAUCUUCUCCUCCUUCUUGGUCUAUCUGGUGGAGAAAGAAUUCAACAAGGACUUCGCCACCUACGCCGACGCUCUGUGGUGGGGCACGAUCACCCUGACAACAAUCGGUUACGGUGACAAGACCCCGCAGACGUGGACGGGACGGUUGCUAUCAGCCGGUUUCGCUCUGCUGGGGAUCUCCUUCUUCGCCCUGCCAGCUGGCAUCCUGGGGUCAGGUUUUGCUCUGAAAGUUCAAGAGCAGCAUCGACAGAAGCACUUUGAAAAGAGGAGGAACCCAGCUGCCAGCCUCAUCCAGUGUGUCUGGCGUAGUUAUGCUGCUGAUGAGAACUCGGUUUCCAUUGCUACCUGGAAGCCUCAUUUGAAGGCGUUGCAUACCUGCAGCCCCGCCAAGAAAGAGCAGGGCGAGACCACUAACAGUCAGAAGUUGAGUUUUAAGGAGCGAGUCCGGAUGGCGAGUCCUCGGGGUCAGAGCAUGAAGAGCAGGCAGACGUCCAUCAGCGACCGCCAGCGCUGUUCCCCUGGCAACGAGGUGGUGGGAGGCGCCGAGCUGAUGGGCGGGAGCCCGGCCAAAGUGCAGAAGAGCUGGAGCUUCAACGAUCGGACCCGGUUUAGGCCGUCGCUGAGGCUGAAGAGUCAGACUCGCACUGCUGUCCCAGAUGUGGACGCGGGCAUGACCACGGAGGAUUCCUUUGAUGAGAGAGGCUGCCACUGCGAUGUUACAGUGGAGGACCUAUCAGCUCCCCUCAAGGCUGUCAUCAGAGCUGUCAGGAUCAUGAAGUUCCACGUGGCAAAAAAGAAGUUUAAGGAGACACUGCGUCCGUAUGACGUGAAGGAUGUCAUAGAGCAGUACUCUGCAGGACACCUGGAUAUGCUAUGUCGGAUCAAGAGCCUUCAGACUAGACUAGACACUGUAGUGGGUCCCCCUCCGAGGCCUUUCAGCAGCCGCAUCAAGACCUUUUCCUCUCCCUCUCUGCAUUUAUAUUACAGCCAGGCCCGGAGGAAGCAGUCUGCACCGGGGGUGGAUCAGAUUCUGGGAAAAGGCCAGAUUCCUGUGGAUAAGAAAAUGAGGGACAAACUGCACACGGAUGGAGAUUCACUGGAGGGCAUGAGCAUGCUGGGACGUGUGUGUAAGGUGGAGAGACAGGUAACUUCCAUUGAAUCAAAGUUGGACUCUUUGCUGGACGUUUACCGCCAAGUCCUACAGAAAGGGCCCUCGACGCUCACACUCUCCUCCCUGCCCCUGUUCGAGCUGGACAACCACCAGCACCACAGCUCGGACUACCAGACCUCCAUCAUUAGCAGGGAUGUUCCUUCUCCUCAGGGAGGCGAUCCGGCUGCAGGCGGAGGAGAUAACAACAGGGGCAUACGGCAUUCUCUUAGCGCCAACCCGAGAGGCCUGCGCCUCAUCCUGGCACCCGCUGAUGACGACGGCCCACCAGACUCGGCGCCUCCAUCCUACCCCCCGUCCACAGCCUCACUCUCCCCAUCACCAUUGCUGCCUCCUGACAGCCCCUACCCAACUUUGAUCACCCCCAACAGUACUUCCAAAAGAGCACACUUCCCUGACCUGCCGCCCCCACCCCCCUCAACAGGCAGUUUCACUCUCCGGCUGCCUCCCAUGGUCCACCCCUCCCACCACCGAUGCCCUGCUGACCCCGUCCCGGAUGAUAUGACAAGUGAAGUGGCGGUGGAUGAGGGAAGCCUGGGCCCCUCUGUUGUUGUGGGAUCCAGUGCGGAUGCUGACCUGGAAGGGGACAGUGAGGCAGGCCCUGCCCAGGGAAACGUGCAGCUGCGGGGGAAGCCUGGCUUGAAAUCUGAGGGGGUCUGGAGGAGGCACAUGAGCCUGGAGGUCAACCCCUUGUUGCUUCUCUCUUCUAGCCCAGAUGGAACACCUUCAGAAUGGGGAGGCAGUCUUGGGAAAUCCCUCUCCGUGCACAAUCUCAGCCAGCCUUUGACCAACCGUGCCCCCGGUCUCUCCUCAGCGCUCAACAACAGCAGCAGCAGCAACAGUAGCGAACGUGGCAACGCCCACGGUGUCCUUAGCAACUGGGAUGGAGCCGAACUCUUCAUUAGUGAGUGCAAACUAGAGCCAGCGGAAGAACAUUUCAACUUCCUGUCCCAGGGACCUGCCGGCCCCUCAGACAUUUUACAGACUGUGGAGGAGGCUCCACCGCACCCCAAGGGAAACUCAGAGUUUCUCAGUCAGUCCCCACACAUACAGAUGGCAUAACCACACACACACACACACACACACACACACAAACGCUUGCAUACUGUAUGUACACACAAUUACUGGGGAAGCCACUUUUAACGUUUUUUACAGGACACCAUACAGAUUAUUUUGCAAACGUCCAAUCAUAGCCUCGUGUAUGGUCAUACAAUGCUUUUUGAUUAUGUCCACUUUCAUACAUAUUUUAUGUUAUAUAAUUUAUGUGUUGUACUAAAAUUAUCAGAAAGAAAAGAAAGUACAAUGAUGUAUAAAAUAUGUAUGGAAGUGGGCAUAAUAGACAAACAGAGAAAAUUUCAGAAAUUGUCAAUUUUAUUUACUUUAUACAAAAAAGUUGAUACUUUUCAUUCAUAAGAUGAUAUAUAUUGAUAAAAAGGAUGGUGAUAGAAGAAAAAAAUUGAG